AUGGAGAGGUGGCUAAGCUUGUCUUUCCUAGCCCUACUUACGCUCCUGGUGAUAUGGCUUCUCAAGCUCUCGGUUGGCAAGAGCAAGCCGGCCAGGAAGCAGCUGCCUCCUGGGCCAUGGACUCUCCCGAUCAUCGGCAGCCUCCACCACGUCGCCGGCGCCCUCCCACACCGCACGCUGUUGCAGCUGUCUCGCCGGCAUGGGCAGCUGAUGCACCUCAUGCUGGGCGAGGUCCCCGCGGUCGUCGUGUCCAGCCCUGAAGCGGCAGCGCUCGUGAUGAAGACAAACGACCUCGCAUUCCCGGGCCGGCCGCGUGGCGUGACGCUUGACAUCUUCAGCAGCAGCGGCAGGGGCAUCGCCUUUGCCCCCUACGGCGACCAUCUGCGCCAGAUGCGCAAGGUCUGCGUCAUGGAGCUCCUCAGCUCCACGCAGGUGAAACGCAUGGAGGGCAUCAGGGCCGAGGAGGUUGGCAGCCUCCUCCGCGGCAUCACGGCCGCUGCCUCGGCCGGCCACACGAUCAACGUCAGCGAGAAGGUGAUGGCGCUCAGCAACGACGUGGUGACCAGGGCGGUUUUCGGAGGCAAGUUCUCACAGCAGGGCGAGUACCUCUGCGAGUUGGACAAGGCGUUUAAGCUGCUAGGCGGCUUCUGUCUCAUUGAUCUCUUCCCGUCGUCGUGGUUGGUAAGGUGGCUGAGCAAUGGCGAGCGCCAGAUGAAGAAGAGCUGUGGCCGUAUGCAGCGCAUCAUUUCAGAGAUCAUCGAUGAGCGGAAAUCCGCUCGAGCUGCUGGCGUUGGUGCCUCCGGCACUGACGACGAGGAUCUGCUCGAUGUGCUGCUCAGGCUGCAGAAAGAGGACUCUUUGGAAUUCCCUCUAACCACAGAGACUAUUUGCGCCGUCCUGUUUGAUAUGUUUGCAGGUGCCACGGCGACCACAUCAACUACUUUGGCGUGGGCUAUGUCGGAGCUUGGGCGGAGUCCUGAAAUCAUGGCUAAGGCACAACAAGAAGUAUGGGAGAUUCUUGGUGAAGGCCGAUCUGUUAUGACUAAUAACGACCUUGUUAAACUCCAGUACAUGCAGAUGGUCAUCAAGGAAACCCUUAGGUUGCAUCCACCAAUUUCUCUAAUCCCACGCUCAGCCAGAGAGGAUUGCACAGUUAUGGGGUAUGACAUCCCUAAAGGCACCAAUAUAUACAUUAAUGCCGUUGCAAUUUCUCAAGAUCCGAAAAACUGGGACGAUCCUAGAGAGUUUAGGCCAGAGAGGUUUGAGAACAUCAACUAA